AUGGAAUUGGCGGUGUUUGUCUUUCUCGCUGUUUCUUUGCUUCACCAUGUGAAGGCGGAUAUUUGGACCGUCAGUGGGUAUGUUUACAACCCGGAGUUGGAUGAUUUCCGAGGAGAGGCGCAAGUAGUAAGUCUCACAAAACGUUUCCUAGGUUGGAAGUUCUCAUUUUUCUAUAGCUAACUUUGAGAAAUGCUUGAAUUUUCUAGCAUAUAGCGGCGGUCAAAAAAAAGGUUACCUCAAGAUGAUGCGCUCUAACGCAGAAGAGAGUGAUCGUAGGAAGAUAAAUAUGGCAUCAUUAUAAACCUUAUGCAAUACUAGACGUGUGACUAUAAACUUGUGGUACUGUAGUGUUGGCCUAGUAUGUGCUGCGGCAAUAUGUUCUUUUGGCCUGGUCAAAAAAUGGCCAUAUUAGUAUCGCAUAAGCUUUACAAUGAUACCAUAUUUAUCUUCCUACGGCCACUCUUUUCUGCAUUAGAGCGCAUCAUCUUCCGGUGGCCGUUUUUUUUGACCGCCACUGUAGUUUUGCUCCAUCAAGAGAGCAUGCGAAACACGGAAAGCGGUCAGGAAGAAGGACAGCUUUUGGGCCAUAUCCUUGCCAGUUCUGUGUAGAAAAAACUGAUUUUUUUGUGAAACUCUGCGGCAGAAAUAGGCGAGAACUUAUUCACGUCAAAAUAGGACUCUCGAAAAAUUAAUCAAAAUGUCUGCCAAGUGUCAUCAAAAUUUGGGCGUCGCACUUGGGGUGCUUCAACUGUUAGCCGAAUGCAAUCUAAACCCUCCCUCCCCUAGAAACAUCAAAACAGAUCUCCAUUCAUUUCAGCGCGUUGAGCUUCUCAAUCGCGGAGUUUUUACCGAUACUCCGGUUGGCUCAACGAUCGCCACGGUAAACGGCUACUUCUACAUCCAAGGAGAGCCGUCGUUCUGGCGACUCUCUGAUUUGCAGGCCUUGAAAAUGUAAGGCGUUGUUGCAAAAAUUGAUUUUGAGAUGCGGAUUGCUUGUCUGUGAAGAGUCAUCGUGCCUUUUCAGUUUUCACCGCUUCAACGCCGGGGUUUGUCGAGUGCGAAUCUACAAGGGCGAUGGCUGGUAUGGUGAAGUUGCAAGUGGAAAUUACAGUGUCACUUCUGGCGACGAGCUGGAGGACAAUGAGAGCCUCUGUCCGACGGACUUGUAUCCAUUCUGA